GGGAGGUGGUUAUUCACUCCGGAGCUGGGAGGCACUGGGGAAGGUGUCAGGAGCAGAGCAGGAGAGGAAGCAAGAAGCAACAGAGAUACGGUGAAAGGGAGGGAGAAGGAGGGAAGGAAGGAGAAGUGGAAGGCAGAGGAGCAGAUGGAAUGAGGUAGGGAUGGGAAGAAAGGAGGAGAGGAGGAUGGCCAGGGAACCGGGGAUGGCCUGACACAGCCUGUGCGGCACAGCAUCUCCCACUGAUUCCCGGGGCUUUGAAGGGUCCCCGGCCAAGCCUGGGUUCGGCUGAGGGCUCAACGCCAGCUUGGGCUGCCUAGGAUUAGAGUUAGAGUCAUCCGUGGUGGGGGUCUCCCUAGCCUGGGACGGGUUAGGUGAGGGGGGACAGGAGAGGACGAGCUAGCAGGGCAUUGUGGAGGAGGGGCUGUAGGGUGUGAGCCCAGGGUAAGGCCCAGCUGUAUCACCUGGCCCAGCCCUCCUGGCACCUGCGCAGAUGGAGCCGCUCCUGACGGUGAAGAUCGGCUGCCUGGUGGCUCUGCUGUUCAUCACCCUUGUCUGUGGCCUCAUCCCGGCCCAGGUCAAGUGGUUCCAAAUCAAAGCAGCUAAAGGGCGGCACCGGCGCAUCCUGAGCUUCAUCGGCUGCUUCGCAGCAGGGGUCUUCCUGGGUGCCUGUCUCAUGCACACAGCCGCCGAUGCGCUGACAGACAUCCAGGGGGAGCUGGGCAAGCGGCUGCAGCAGGCUGCCGCUGGGCAGAACCUGACUGGGACACAGAACGACUCGUCUAGGGCCAGUGCCUGUGUGGCUGAGCUGGAUUAUCCCUUUGCGGAGCUCGUCAUCUCCCUCGGCUUCUUUCUUGUCUUCCUCACCGAGAGCCUGGUGCUGCACUGCUGCCACGUGGCUCCACCAUCCCACGGGGCCCCGGGCAAGGACCCUGCUUGCUCAGCUCCCAGUGCCCCCUCCGUCCCGCACUCCCAUGGGGCCACGGCACCCAGCGUCCCCUCUGUCCCACACUCCCACGGGGUCCCGGUGCCUGGCGGCCCCUCACCUGGCUCCUUCCGGGCCCUGGUGCUCUUCAUCACGCUUUCGCUGCACUCACUCUUUGAGGGGCUGGCGGUGGGGGUGCAGCAGGGCGAGGCGGGGGCCCUCCAGCUUUGCCUGGCUGUGCUGGCCCACAAAGGUGUGAUCGCCUUCAGCCUGGGGCUGCAGCUGGUGCAGAGUGGCACCCGGCCCCGCUGGAGGCUGCUCUACCUGGGCAUCUUCGCCCUCAUGUCCCCCUGUGGCAUGGCCAUUGGCAUCGGGCUCUCGCUCUCAGGCGGGGCAGCCGGCGGGCUGGCCAUGGCCCUGGUAGAAGGGGUGGCGGCCGGCACCUUCCUGUACAUCACCUUCCUGGAGAUCCUGCCCCACGAGCUGAGCUCCCACGAGCCACCCCUGGCCAAGUUCUCCUUCAUUGCCCUGGGCUUCAGCGUCAUGGCCACCAUUGCCAUCUGGGCCUGAGGGGGAGGCAGGGGUGGGUGGGGACUCCAGGGGCCAUGCCCUGUAGAGACUGACCCCAAACGGCCUGUCCCCUCUAGGGGGCAUCAGCUCCCAUCUGGCCCCACGGCAGGGACUGGCUGGAUCAGGGGUUGGGGAAUAGGACAUGGGACCUUUCCCAUCUAGGGCUGUCUCGGAGGGCUGGGGACAUGGGGCUUUCCCCUCUAGGGGGUGCUGGCUCCCAUCCGGCCCCAGGGUGGGGACUGGCUGCCUCGGAGGUCUGGGGACACGAGGCCUUUCCACUCCUGGGGGCCUUUAGCUCAGGCAGUACAGGCUCAUGGGCUUUGCAUCAGGGGUGGUGGGUGUAAUUCCCCGCUGCUGGUUACCCUUCCCACAGCAUGGUGUUACAGAGCUGAACUCCCUCCUGCUCUCCAGGGCUACGGCCCAUGGGCAGUACUGUAUCAACCCCUCAGCUCACCCCUUCCUCCAGGGCUGAGGCUGCCAAGGCUGCAAUUGACCCAUGGAACAAACUCCCCGGGACCUUUCGGGAAGAUGCUUUCGCCAAAGGCCCAUUCCUGGGGGAGCUGGGUGGAAUUUAGCAGCCUGGGCUAGACAGGAGGUUGGACUGAAGCUUGGUGGCCUUCUGAGCGCCCAGCUCAUGGAUGUCUGUUCUUUGAGCCCGUUCCUUCAAUGGAUGUUGCCGCUGAAAUAAAGCAUGUGUGUUUUG